UAAUUGUUAACCCCAACUACUUUCCUACGCAGCGACGUUGUCAAGUCUAACACAUGUGCAGAAUGUGACAUUUGGAAGUACUCGUACUUCUACCCCUUUUUCGAUUCGUUUGACUUAAAUUUAAUUAUGAAACGAUUAACGGAGUGAGAGAUGCCUCAAACUUCACCACCUCACGAAGAGAUUCAUGCCAUAAAAGUAGUUCCUGUUAUUCGCACCGAUUCGUUAUGGGUCUCGUACAUUGUAUCCGUCAUGGCAGCAUGGGUUGCCGAAUUCGUGACAUAUCCCUUAGAUUUAACAAAAACACGACUUCAAAUACAAGGUGAAGCGAGCAAAGCGGGAUCGCAAAAUGCCUCUCCCCAUUAUAGGGGAAUGCUACGAACCGCUUUCGGUAUCGUUAAGGAGGAGGGGCCGUUUAAGUUAUGGCAAGGGAUGAGCGCCGGCCUAACUCGUCACGUCAUCUAUUCGGGCACGCGUAUGGUCGCCUUCCAGUUUAUGCGGGACGACAUUUUCAAGAAGAAGCCCAACGAGCACUUCUCCUUGUACAAGUCUGCAUUUUGUGGUAUAUGUUCGGGCGCUUUCGCUCAGUACAUAUCGAGUCCGACUGAUCUUCUAAAGGUGCAACUGCAAAUGGAGGGCAAAAGGAAGUUGAUGGGGUUGCCGCCGCGUGUUAGUAGUAUGAGCGACGCAUUUGUGAAAAUUGUGAAAAGCUCGGGUUAUCGAGGAUUAUGGAAAGGUUCUGUACCAAAUGUACAACGAGCAGCUUUAGUCAAUUUGGGUGAUCUCACUACGUACGAUUAUGCCAAACGGUUCAUUUUAAUGAACACUACGUGGAAGGAUAAUCAUUUUGUUCACGUUCUGUCGAGUUUUUGUGCAGGGUUCGUUGCCGCAUCCAUGGGGACGCCAGCUGAUGUCAUUAAAACGCGUGUUAUGAAUCAGCCCAUCGACAGCGAGGGCCGAGGUACGUUGUACAAGUCGUCCAUUGACUGUUUAAUCAAAACAACGAAGGCUGAGGGAUUUGGAGCUUUGUAUAAAGGAUUCUUCCCAAUCUGGUUACGAAUGGCGCCGUGGUCUCUAACAUUUUGGCUCUCGUACGAAGAAGUUAUGUUUACAAUACGCACAAACAAUCUUUAGUUUAAAUUUCCAGUUAAUUUGUAUCUGUGAUAAAAUUGCGCAAAUUUGUUUGUACAAGUUUAUGUUAUUACCACCAUGUACUUAGUUUAUAAGAUUUAAUUUCGAAAAUAAUUUUAUUUUUAAUUGUUAAACUUACACUUGUUAACAUCACCUAUCUCAGAUUGAAAUGAGUUUAUCACAGAUAAUUUAGGAUUAUUUUUAGCCGAAGAUCGCAGGUUGUGGUGUCACGUUUACCGAGUGUAUCUGGUUCAUAUUAUUUACCAUUAUAGUUAGGUGUAUCUGUGUAUGCUCAAUAGUACCAUUAGGUCGUGUUACCUCAGCAUUGCAUGCAAUCUGCAAUGCUUGUAGCGAGCCAUAUAUAGACUGCUCAAAGAUAGAGUUUAGACAAUUACUGUAUUAAUGAAAAUGACUUCUAUUUAUUCGUUUUAUAUUUACAUAAUU